AUGUCCAACCCUUUGGUCGACAGGAUUCUUAACAACCCCUUGACCUUUCUCCCCGCCAAGGCCCCGGAAAAAGAGGUCCAGACCACCAGGUCCCCCGCGUACAUCGUUCUCAACUCAUCGCUAGCCCCCGCAACUCUGGAGCCGGCCAUGGGCACCAAGAAACACGGCAAACGCGAAGACAAGCGCCCCAAAUCGAUGGCAGAGGCCAUAGCUGCAUAUACGGGGCGCAAGUACUUGACGAAGGCGGAGAAGCGGCGCAAAUCGCGCCCGGAAGCGCGCCCGGUGGCUGAUCCGGAAUCGUCGAGCGACGACAAAUACGAGUCGGCCUCAGAAUUCCACCUGGAAUCGUCUGUAAUCGGCACUCAAGACGCGUCGGAAGACGUGGGUGAAGAUUUGGGCGAGUUCGCGGGUCUCUCCAAUGGGUCCGGCGACGAAGCCCUGGACCCCGACUCCGGGCUGGAAAGCUUGGACGGCGACGCCAGCGACUCCACAUGCGAGAGCGACGACAUCAGUGAUCUUCCGCAGAGGCCCGGGUCGCCGAUCGAGCGGGAGGCCCCGGAAAGCAGCGCCACGGGGGCCGAGCAGAACACGGCCGAGGAAAGUGCGGAGGAGGCGAGCGACGCUGAUUUUGCCAGUGACGACAGUGCGCUGGAGAGCGAGCUGGAGAGCCUGCUGGAGGACGAGCUGGCGGGCGACAGCGACAGCAAGGCGUCCGGCGGAAACUCCGACGGCGGGGCCGGGUCCGCGGACAUCCUGAACAGCAGUCACAACGGCGAGCCGGACAAGGCCCCGGGCCAGCCCAACGGCGACCAGACCCAGCUCAAAAAGGACUUCAGGCCGCAACGAAACACACACCUAGCAUCCCACUACACGCUCGGCGAGACCGGCGGAAGCGCCGUCUGCGGCCGUGUCACGCGUGCGUGGACCGCGCCAUACAAGGACACGCAGCCGGCGGGGCUCUUGAACUUCGGCGUCACGUGCUACAUGAACUCGGCCAUCCAGAUCAUGGUGCACAUCCCGGCCGUGCAGCACUACUUGGCCGAGGUGUUUCAGGGCAAACACGCGGGCGUGCCGGCCAAGUCGGUCACGCACACGUUUGCCGAGUUGGCGCUCCGAAUGUGGGGCGUGGGCUCCAAGAAAGGCGGGCCGCGCAAGCACGUCAACCCCAAGAAAAUGGUGCAGCGGCUCGACGACAUCAACUGCAUGAUGAGCGAGUGGCAGCAGGAGGACUCGCACGAGUACUUCAUGAGCUUGAUGUCGCGGCUCCAGGAGGACAGCACGCCCAAGGGCACGAAGCUCAACCAGCUGGUGCUCUACGACAUCUUCGGCGGGCUUCUCGACCAGGAGGUGGUGUGCCAGGAGUGCCGCACCAGCAGCGUGACCAAGCAAGAGUUCUACGACUUGUCCUUGGGGCUCAACAAGAAGCGCACGCGGUCCAACGACGGCAUCGACACGCCCGCCGACGACCACAAAUUGGCCGCCAACAAGUACACCAUCGAGAAGUCGAUCCGCGACUUCUUCAGCACGGAAACCAUCCGUGUCGACAGGGGCGACCCGGCGUCCGGCUACUUCUGCGAGAAGUGCCAGAAGCGCACCGUAGCCACGAAGAGGUCUGCCAUCGAACGCAGCCCGCACACGCUCAUGGUGCACUUGAAGCGGUUCAAGUUCAACGGCAACUCGUCGCUGAAGGUCAAGCAGCCCAUCCACUACCUGAAGUUCUUGGACAUGGGUGCGUACAGCCAGACGGAGGCCUGCAUCAAGUACCAGCUCAUGGGCGUCAUUGUGCACGAGGGCCGCUCCAUCCUGUCGGGCCAUUAUGUGGCCCACUGCCUCCAGCCGGACGGCUCGUGGUCCACGUACGACGACGAGUACAUCAACAAGAUCGACGAGGCCUCUGCGUUGAGCGACCCGUCGGCCUACUGCUUGGUGUACAUGAAGUUGGAGGAGAAGACCAAGAAGCGGGCCAAGGCUGUGGGCGGGGACAGCAAGCGCGCCCGUACGGCCUAG